AUGGGCGCAAAGACGGGCCUCUUCUUCCGGGGCCUGCAGGGCACCAUCCGCGGCAUCCAGUUCGGCUGUGCCGCCACGGUGCUGGCCCUGACCUCCUACUUCCUGGCCACCAAGGCCAACCACGGCCUCGACAUUGACGUCCACCUCCGUGCCGUUGAGGGUAUCUCGGGCGGUAUCACGGCCUAUACCCUGGCCACCAUCCUGCUACUAUGCUGCAUCCCUGGCCAGCCGUUCUUCUCCUUCAUCAUGAUGGUGGUUGACGUUUGCUGCUGCGGCGCUCUCAUUUACGUCGCCAUCCGCAACAAGAACGGCGCCAACACCUGCGAGGGCAUCGUCGACACUGUUUACGGCAAGGGUGACGCCAACACCAACGUUGUCGAUAACGGCCAUGGCGGCUUCACCGUCCUUCCUAGCUUGCACCAUGCCUGCAAGAUGGAGACGGCUUGCUUGGCUGUUUCCAUUAUUGGAUGCGUCUUCUUCAUCCUCUCCCCCUUCAUGGAAGUCGUCCUCGUCCGCCACCGCAAGAAGGAGCAGCGCUACGGCCCUUCGCCCGCCAACGACUACACCUCUGGUUCCGGCCGCAAGCCGGGUUUCUUCGCCAGCCUUCGCGGCAAGGGCGGCGCCCACCCCGACGCCGACUUGAUGAGCAACAAGCUGCCCGAGCACAGCAGCCCCUCGGACGUUCGUGAUAGUUACGCGACGGAGCAGACCCGUGUGGGCGGUGUCGCCCCCGAUAACAACACGGGUGCUUACGGUAGCUACAACCCGUACAACGAAACGCCCGUUGGCCAGCAGCAUCAACCCACCGCCUACAGCCCGCCGCAUGGUGGAAACAGCUAUAACAAGUAUGAUAUGAGCUUUGGUCAGCAGCAGCAGGAUAUUGCUAUGGGACAGUAUCCGCAGAGUGGGGAUCAUGUUUAUGAUCGGAGAUAA